UCGAAGUCCACCUGCGGGCCUCGAACAACCAUCAGUCCACCGGGGCUGUUGGGCCUUCCUGCCGGCCUUUCUGUGACUCUCCUGCUGCGUCUGUCUGCUGUCCUGGUCUUUGCAACAAUGAAGAUCCUGCUGGACUGAAUGUGAAGCUCACGUCUCAUCAGCCAGAAUGGACUUACCUGGUUAUCACCCACAGCAGCCCCAGCCUCUUGUCCACCAUCCUGGAAACUUCCCAGAGGAUCUGUUGACUUUGGAAGGAUCAUCAACAUCUCAGGAGUUAAAGACGGAUCCAGACAGCAGACCAGAGUCAGAGGAGAGUUGUCCUGUCUGUGGAGACAAAGUGUCAGGAUACCACUAUGGACUGCUCACCUGUGAAAGCUGCAAGGGCUUCUUUAAACGCUCCGUUCAGAAUAACAAGCAUUACACCUGUGCGGAACAACAGAGCUGCCCCAUGAACCUUUCACAGAGGAAACGCUGUCCGUACUGCCGCUUCCAAAAGUGUUUGGCUGUAGGCAUGAAGAGAGAAGCAGUGAGAGCAGAUCGUAUGAGAGGUGGCAGGAAUAAAUUCGGCCCUCUGUACCGGCGGGACAGGCAGAUGAAACAGCAAAAAAUUACCCACCAGCCAAACACUGCUCCCUGCAGGAUUAAGAUGGAAACUACACAAACACACUGGCCCACAGCUCCAAAUGACCUUCACCUACUGAGCAGUCACACAAGUGCCUCAUUGUCCUCUGAUGCUUUCCAUCAGCCCCACAUGUAUCCCUCUGGAAUUGGACAGGCAGGUGCGUCCAUGCCUCUGGACUGCACUGUGAACGCAGACAGGAUGCUCACUCCUCCAUCCCUGUCCUACCCUGGACUGUACCACCGCACCUUCCCUGGAUACUUACAGGACAAAGGAGAAAUGGCUUGCAGCUACAGCCCCAUUCCUUCAAACUACCCGCUCUACCCAACUCCGAACAAUUCAUUUCAUUCACCAAGAAGCACACCAGCAUCAUCCCCCUGCUCAACACCAAGCUCCUCUGCCCCUCUCUCCCAGGCUCCCAGCACAACCUCAGAACCCCUGUCAUCGCCCAACUUCCUAAGUCAGCUCCUGGAGGGGGAGCAGGACGAGAGCCAGCUGUGUGCAAAGGUCGUCGCCAGCCUGCAGAGAGAGCAGGCCAGCCGCGGUAAACACGACCGCCUAAAUACAUUCAGCAUCAUGUGCAAAAUGGCUGACCAGACUCUGUUUGGCCUUGUGGAGUGUGCCAGGAACAGUGUGCUUUUCAAGGAGCUUAAGGUGGAGGACCAGAUGGUGCUGCUGCAGAGCUGCUGGAGCGAGCUUCUGGUCCUGGAUCACCUCUGUAGACAGGUGACCUAUGGCAAAGAAGGCUGCAUAUAUCUGGUCACUGGACAACAGAUUGAGGUGUCAACCGUCAUCUCUCAGGCAGGACAGACACUGAGUGGCCUCGUCUCAAGGACCCAGGACCUGGUGUCCAAACUGAAGACGCUCCAGUUGGACAGACACGAGUUUGUCUGUCUCAAAUACUUGGUGCUAUUCAACCCCGAUGUGAAGUCAGUGCAGGGCCGCAGGCAGGUGGAGCAGACUCAAGAGAGGGUGAACAGGGCCCUGAUGGAGCACACCCAACAGAGUCAUCCAGGACACUCAGACAAGUUUGGCCAGCUGUUGCUCCGGCUGCCAGAAGUGCGCAGCAUUAGCUUGCAGGUUGAGGAGUAUUUGUACCAGCGCCAUCUUCAAGGAGAUUUACCCUGCAACUCUUUACUCACUGAGAUGCUGCACACCAAGCACAGCUGAGAAGAACCCAUCGUAUCACGAGAGUGGCUACUGUGAAUUUCUGUCCCUCCAUUUUGGCCCUAAUUGUACUAUCUUCUUCUGCUGAUUGUUGCAAAUAGUAAACAGGCGCACUAUCAUGUGAGGGAGAAAAUGUCAUCUAGGAAUCUAAAUGAAGGGGAACAUUUACUAAACCUACGUCAUGCUUCGCCCAAGUUCACAUUAUUAACAGUAUUACCGCCUCCAAGCAGCUCAGCAAAUGUUUUUGGUUUUUUUUCUGCCAGUAUUGAGAUCCAAGUACUACCAUGAUGUUUUUUUAGUCAAACAGAAAUAGAUUAACUGUGUAAAGGAAGAAAGAAAAAUGCAUCAUUGAAUAAUAAAACUUUUUUGAUA